GCCCACCUAUAACAUUACAACGUACUACACACGCGUUUACAAGGGCUUCUGUUGCGUCGUAGACAGUAACCACGUUCAGAAAGCGCCGAUAGACACUCCGAACGGCAGCUCGGUCCGAGAUAACGCGCCUGCUUAGGCAUGCAAGAGGGUAUAAGUCCCGCUGCUGCGAGGGCCCAUCUAGAGCUUCUCCCACUUCUUGCUGCCCCUCCAGACUUGGAUUCUUGUACAUAUCGAUUCACACAAUAUCAAGCCCUGCACAACAUGCCUGAACGAGCAGCGCUUUUGAUUGGCAAGCUUGUCCACACGCGGAAAGAGUGGGAGAGCAUCUCGCAGGUGGCCUCUAAGCUCCAUGAGUACCCUGAGGGCGAUCGCGCAGACUUCAUCAAGAAGUGCAAGGCCGGUGAAUUUGACGGUGUCUUUGCUCUGUACCGCAGCAAUGACUCCAACCCGUUAACUGGCGACUUCAAUGACGAGCUCCUCGAAGUGCUGCCAAAGAGCUUGAAAUUCAUCUGCCACAACGGUGCCGGGUACAACAACAUCGACGUAACAGCAUGCAGCAAGAGGGGCAUCCAAGUAUCAAGCACGCCUAUCGCGGUCAACGACGCAACCGCCGACGUCGCCAUCUUCCUCAUGCUCGGCGCACUUCGUAAUAUCCACCAGUCAUACUCGGCAGUGCGAGGAGGGAAAUGGCGCGGCAAGUUCGCCCUCGGCCACGACCCGAAGAACAAGACACUCGGUAUCCUCGGCAUGGGCGGAAUCGGCUCCGCGGUCGCAACGCGCGCGAAAGCGUUCGGGAUGAAGAUCCAGUACCACAAUCGCAGGCAACUGCCCUCUAGUGAGGAGAACGGCGCGACAUACGUAACCUUCGAGGAGCUGCUCAAGACAUCAGACGUCUUAAGCCUGAACCUGGCGCUCAAUCCGAAGACGAAGCACAUUAUCGGCAAACCCGAGUUCGACCAGAUGAAGGACGGCGUUAUAAUUGUGAAUACGGCGCGAGGAGCUUUGAUCGACGAGGCAGCGUUGGUCGACGCGCUGAAAAGCGGCAAGGUCUGGACAGCCGGGUUGGACGUCUUCGAGGAGGAGCCUGAGAUUCACCCUGGACUACUGGAGUGCGAGAAUGCAGUGUUACUGCCCCAUGUUGGAACGGCAACAUUCGAGACUCAGCGUGACAUGGAGCUGCUGGUGUUAGAGAACCUAACGUCGGCAAUUGAGCACGAGAAGCUGAUUACACAAGUGCCAGAGCAGAGAGAGAAGGCGAACUUGUAACGUGCUGCAGAACCUGCCUUCGAACAAGGGUGAGCGAGCGCAUCGAUUUCCUCUCAUAACCACACAUACAGUAGAUCAAUGGAGCAUACACCGAUAUUCAUUGAAUGCUCCCCGCAAACUUUACUCGGCCGAUGUGGAGGGAAACCUGGAGUCGGUGUAUGACGCGCGUGUGACACAUGGUGGAG